GGUCGUCCAAAGAAUACGUCCAUCAGUCGAGUGCCCGCACGCGGCGAGUGAUGACGUACCGUCAGCGUGUUGGUGUCGCGUGGCGCGGGUGGCCGCGCGACUCGUGACGCCGUCGUCGGCAUGUGAUGUUCCGGAGACGCGCGCUGCGGCGGCGGCUGGCGUUGGCCGGCGCGCCUUCCGUGCCCGACGACCAGCUGCGGCGGUUGGCCAGUGUCCUGGACGCGGGUGCCGACGGUAGAGAGUGCGUGCCGGCCGCCCAAGCCGGCCCUCAACUCCAACUCGCCGUCACCCGCUUCAGAUACCCCGAGCUCCGUGAACUGAGCGAGCUUCGGCGACUACCGCUCUGCAAGGAACAGCAGUGUUGCAACCCUUACCACUGGAGCCGCCUCUGCAAGCCUGAAACCCCUCCUCCACCAUACAGUCGUUACGCCAUGGACGACGUCAAAUCUAAAGAGCACGGCGAGAGAACCGAGGACGCAAGGAGGACAGAUCACGAGCGGCUAGUGGCUGGCUCCCUCGCCACUGAUGGCGAAGAACGUCAGAGCUGGGAGUCGGAGUGGUGUAGACUGGCGUAUUGGGAGUUAACGCAGCGGGUGGGGCGCCAGUUCGGGGUGCGUAUGCCCGCGGUGGACGUGUUCGGCGGCGACGGCGGCGCCUGCGGCAGCGGUCGCCACGGGCUCUGCCUGGACGCGCUCGAGCAGAGGGGCGACGUGCCACAACUUGAACAGGUGCGAAAAACGCGAGCGAAAAUCGGUCUCGGCGUGACCCUCUCGCUGGAGUCGGACGGGGUGUGGCUGUACAACCGGAGUGAAGAGCCCGUUUUCGUCAGCUCCCCAGCGCUCGACGCGGCCGCUGCCAAGGCGCUGCUGGUGUGGCGGGUCGCGCCCGGCCACUGCCUGUGCAUCUUCGACCCGGCGUGCCCCCCGCCGGCGGUCUCACUGCCGCACAUAGGCCCCGUGGACCCUCGCUCCGUGAGGAUCUCGUUCGCAAAGGGUUGGGGCCCCAAAUAUUCGAGGCGGGACGUUACUGCGUGCCCGUGCUGGCUCGAGGUGCUCCUCGCGCCGCCCAGCUGACGCCAGGACUAAAUUAUCGUUGGUUGUGUCUCGAUGUUCAGAACUGAACUUUUGAAUAUGGAAUAGUGAGUUUCCUUUUUUAAAUUUCAUAGACAAUUUUUUUUUAAAUCGAGAUGACAAGGACCGAAGAUUGUGGAUAACGGACCAUAGAGUGAAGAGUGAAGUGCAUAGACAAUUUGACAAGAACUACAAUCAAAUAGUGAGUGUACAAUGUUUGUGCGCGGCUCUGCUCGCACAGCGGCGUGAUAUGCCCCACUCUGUUAUACAGAGGGCGUCUGCCUGGAUCUAUCUGUGGAUUAUAAUUUCCAUUACUUAAGUAUUUUUUAAUGUUUGUAUCACAUUUUUUUUUGUUACUGAAUGUGUUAUUGUACGCAUGUGAUGCGUGCGAAUCGAUGAAGUCCGUUGGCUGUUCAGCAGGUCCCCUGUUUUCGGGGGUGAAUGCACCUUCUCGUGACUACGUAUUUAUUUUAAUUAUUGACGAUUUUACUGUUCUGCUGUGACUGUAAAUAAAAAAAUCCCUUUACGUUUUAUAUUAAAAAUGUUAUAAACGUUCAGAAAGUUAUGAUCAAUUUGAUUUUCAAUUAAUUAUCAAUUUUUUUUUUAUAUUUAUUUUUUAUCUUACUUUUUACUAGUAAUUUGACAACUGUCAAUCGAUUUAUGACCAUGAAUUGUUAAAUUGAAAAUUAGAUUCUGUACAUUUUUUUGCAUAUAAAUAUUUUUUUUUUUCUCUAAAUUAUGAAACCAUAAAUUAAUUUUACUUUACAUAUAUUUUUCCAAAUAUGAUCAUUGUUUUCUGUGAAUUUUACAUAACGGGGCACAUCGUUGCAACUCGGAAUUUAUGGAGAUUACUUCAUGCAUUAUCAUUAUAAAAAAAAAAAAAAAAAACAUAAAUUUCAUCAUUUCUCUCAUCGUCAUUCAAAAGGUGCAGUGUACAUUGUAAUUAACGGAAACUCACAAAUGAGACUCUAUUUUGACAUUAUUAAUUAUAUAAAUAAAUAGAUUUUAAACCGAAAACACCAGAGUGAGACUUUGUACAAAAGUCGAUUCGACCACUGUCCCAUUCGUGUUUCAACCGUGAAGCAGUUGUGUUUGCAUGGCUGUGUUUCGGUUUGAACGGUGGGAUAUGACGUGAAUUUACAGGGUACAGAGGAAUAACACCUGAGUCCUCAGGAAUGGCAACGCAUGGGGGGUAUCAUGGGCGAAACAGUAUACUCUGUUAUGUCCAUGGUACUGCUCAUGUCUAUAGGCGACGGUUACCAAUUUCCAUCAGGUGGGCCGUCAGCUUGUUCGCCAUUCUAAGUUGUAUAAAAAACAAAUUAAUUGUGCCUACCUGUACAUUUAUUAAUUGUAUGUAUGUAAAUAUUUUAAUUAGAAUGUGCAUUGCAACCACGCCAUUAUUGCGUCUCUCGCAAAUUGGAAAAGCCAAUUUUGUCGUAGAGUGCACCCCAAUUCCAAUCUCCACGAGUUAACGCGACCAAAUCUGGUGGCCUAAUAAUUUUAUACGGCAAGUACCAUAAUUAGUCACAUAUGCAAUUUUGUAUCAUAAUAUGAAAUGUCGGCUUUAAGACAACGCGAGACUGUAUAUAUAAAUGGAACGUUAUAUGUACUAUAUUAUUUUGUAAUUAAUUAUUUAUAAUUAUAAAAUAUGCCUUACCUUAGAUUUUAAUUAAGAUUACUGUAUAUUCGUUUUGUACAAAUUAUUGACAUUUGACAGAAUUUUUUGUAUCGCGAGUUGUGUGCUGAUCUAACGCGAAGGCUGUGUGAUAAGCAUUUGUAGCCGAUUCCGGGUGGAAAUUUUAUAUUGAGACAUGUGUUUGAGGUCUCCGCAAUGUUACAAGUGUUGAGAUUAAUACUGUCCCGCCACUUUUUACUGUUGCACGCCGAUUGUCAUACAGUUGUAAUAGAAAGUUCCAGCAAUAGUAGGUAUCGUAAAAAUGAAAUAGUUCUAAAAAUGAAGAAAGUAAUUGCGUAAAAGUGCUAAAAAAUGUUUUUUUUUUUAAUUAAUUUUUUGACCAUUAACUCCUGAAUUAAUAAUCGCUGGAUUUCAUAUUGUUCUUAAACUUUUUGUUACCACCGUCUAAUAUCCCACGUGUAUUGUUUAAAAUGUACAUUUUUCUAUUUAUAUAUCUGAAAAAUAUGACGAUCUACAGUGACAUACAGAUUUACUAAUUAUUAUUCAGAAAAAUUACAUAGUACAUAUUUUUUUAUGUUGUCAAC